GUAGAAGUCGAGUGUGGGCGGACUCUUAAGCCACUAACUGAAACGUUGGCAGAAAAUGUAUCAUACACCCAAUUAUGUCGGAUAGUGUAGUGAAAAACGAACAUCAUGGUGUUUAUAUGGAGAUCAUAUUUAGAUUUCAAUAUUGAACUAGGGGCAGUGUUGUAUGUAACACACUUGAUGUCAUUAAGGUAUUGUGUGUAAUAAACUCAUCAGUUCGCGUAAGAUCCACUUACAAAAUAAGAGAAAAGUUCAUAUUAGCCAACCGAAAUCAAGCAGACGCGAAUUAACAUCGGACUCUAAGUGUGUGUACGAGAUAUAGAGGGAUUCAAAGAAAAAACACACACCAAAAAAAGGAAAUAAAUUCAUUGGACAUGAUCCAUUGUGACGAUUUAACGUAAAUCACCCAGCAUUAUAAACUCCUUCGGCCUCAGUCACGACUCCUAAACUGACAAUCCCUCUAUAUUUGACCUUACCGUGACCCAAGAUGAAAAUGAAAGACAGCAGGUCGUCGGGGGAAGCCCUGGGAAGCCAGGGUAACCUAGGAAACGGCGCUGGGUCACCCACUAAGAUGUCAACCCUGGACUACCUGGUGACGAAAAUGAGACGCCAUGUCAGGUCAUCCUCAGCAGAUUCAAGCCCCGCCAGACCCGUUAUUGUGGAAGACGAGGUGGAGAUGCGUGUGUCGGAGGAUGAGGGCGUCGUGGAAGCCGAGGAUGCCUCCCUCCCCGCCCCUCAUCACCGGGCGCCCAUGUAUAACCCCGAGGACUACGCCCACGCCCUCACUAAAUACUCUCGCGUCUCACAGUUAUACAUGCCUGAGCCGCCCAAGGAAAAGAAGGGCCGAGGAAGGGAGAAGGAGAAGAACGUGGCAAGGGAAGUUCCUCAAGAAAUGUCCCUGAAGCAGUUCAGUUCCUUGCCGGAGCUCCUCAAGAAACUCAGAGAAGACCUUAAGAUGUCCUACCUCAGCUUCGUCAAAGAGUUGGUGCGCGACCCUCAUGACGGCGUGUCGCUUCUUCUGGACGUCUUGAAGAUGAUCCAGCUGGCACAGACGGAUCUCAAUGGCUCGGCCAACACUCGGGAGCAGCAGAUAGCCCUCCGACGCGCCCUCAUCGACGAGCACGAAUGCCUCUCCUGCUUGCGUUACUGCUUGCGCUCGACCGACGCCGCCCUCAAGGUCGCCCACUACCACCACGGCCUCUAUACUCUCGCCGUGGCCACCAUGAGCAACUUGGCGAGGAGUCGAACGCUUGCUCUUCAGCUCCUGACGCGGGCCUGCCUCACUUCGCCGCAAGGGCAUCGUCAGGUGGUGGAGGCCCUGGCGACUCUGAGGCUACGUUUCGCCGAGCCGGUCAAGUGUAAAUUCCUUGUGUCUAUGAUGCUCUCCCAUCCACACCCAAGCUUUCAGGUUUGGGGCCUCAGGUUUCUCAACGCCCUCGUGGUUUCCACCAAGACACUGCGGGAGAGGAUUUACCUGCAGGAGGAGCUUGCAGAAGCCGGCUUUGACUCAGGGAUCUUGAGGAAGAUGAUCGAACGCAGCGGGUCGGACUCCCUCCAGCAGCAGGCCCUGAUCGAACUCAGCCGCUGGAACGAAGCUUACAUCGACGUCUCCUCCUUUGAGUCUGAGAUCGUCGGGCUCAAGAACUCCAACAACAAUCUUCAAGAGGAACUGAAGAAGCUAAGGGAAGCUAACAUGGAGCAGAACGGCCUCCCCGCGAGCCGCCCCUUUUUGAGGAAGACUCGGAGAGGGAGGAACGCUACGUACCCUUACCAGAGCCCGUCAGUGGAGCAGAAACGGCCUCCCGCAGCGCCUCUCUGUACCUCCGUCAGCGACUCGGACCUCUCCUCCCUACACAACACCAUCAGGAACACGAUGAUGAGACGCCACGGGUCGGUUUCGCCCUCUAGGAACGAUGGGAUGAGGACCUGCGUCACCGAGACCGACUCGGUAAUUUUCAGCAAGGGAGAAGACAGGUCGCUGACGCCCAUCUGGAACGGCGACUCCAAGUCAACCUCGUCGUCGGCCUCGACCAGGAGCAAAGCGUCAACCACGUCAGAUGAAACCAUUACUCUCUGGCCGUCUGUUCCAGUCUGUGCCAGCGUCAACCUCACCGACGCCGUUAACAGGAGUCGACACCAGUCCUCCUCUUCCAUGACCUCGCCUGAGCCUCGCGUGACGUCCCCAGGAAGGAGUUCUAACGACUCGCCUAUAGGACACGGGGAUCACAGGCGAGACGGCAGCAACUCGAGCAGGACGUCGCCAAACCAAGAACCAGAGGGGAGAAAGCGACGUUCUUCAGGAGAUAGGUUUAACGAGCCCAUGCCCAUGACUCACAUUGAAAUGACUUUCCGCAAUGACAAGAAGUCCCCCUCACCUGUUGCAGACCUUCAGUUUGACAGGAGUAGAUCUCCUCAAGAUACAAAAGUGGCAAAUCAAGAAAUGUCAAAAUCUACAAAGCAGUAUAGUCCCCAGGCGGAGCGCCAGCAAAUCCCCGAUGAGGCCCCACCGGCCAUCAGUUCACCUGUCAACGGACACAGCAGAGAAGGACGGAAGUCUACAAGCCCUAUUCAGGUCGACAGCAGGCCUAGUAGCAAGAACUCCUGCGCGUUCAGCACUCCUUCGUCCAAAUCAGACUCGCCCCCCAGUACUAAGAGAAAGGCUCCCAGCCCUCCUGCAGGCACAACCAGCCCAUUCUCGUCCUCGACAUCGUCUCUGUCAUCUUCGUCCUCCACCUCCUCCAGUCCAGGAGGAGAAAGGAAGGACCCGGAGUACAUGAACGUCCCGCUCCGAGGAUCAUCUCAAAAUAAAAGCCGAAGUGGAUCGCCCAAUGAUAAAGCCCGUAGCGGCAGCGAGGAGGGUGACCUCGAUUAUGAGCGAGACGUCGUGGUUUAUGAAGCUAUUACCGUCGCUAAUGACAGGAUCUUCAUAGACAAAAAUAAUACUCACGGCUCCCGUGGCUCCGGAAAGAGCCAGAGUUCGACGGAGACAAAGGGCAGCCAGGAGUCGGGAGACAGCCAGGAUAGUUCCUCAGACAGUCCCUCUGUGCGCGAGUCUGUUCGACACUAUGAGAACCUCGUCAUGAUGACUGACCCACAGGAGGAAAGAAAAGACCAGAGGACAGAAAAUAAGAAGGAUGAUGAUAGGACAGACAAGAGAGAUGAGAAGGGAAGUAAUGAGAGGAGGGAUAAACGAGAAGAAAGGAGUGGUGAAAGGAGGGAUAGAAGAUCAGAUAAACGUGAAGAUGUGAGUGAGAAGGAAGUAGAAGCAGUAAUGUCUGGUCUUGAGAAUGUGUUACGCAGUGCUGAAUCUUCUUUGAGUUUGGCUUCUCAGGAAACCGUUAAAGAGAAUCCUCUGCUAAAAGAAAGCUUUGAAGACCGAGCCAGUCCAGAGCAUGCCAUGACAGAGGAAUUAGAAAUUGUACCAACAAGAGUGCCCCAUUUACCUGCGAGGUCCCGCUCUAGGAGCUCCCAGGUAGGCAGCAACCAGCGAGACCCAGUUCUUUACCUCGAGUUCGAAUCACCUGCCGAGACGAGCGACACAGAGACGCUUCUCAGGAACCAACCUCUCCCGAGCCCUCGCACCAUCGAGACGGAGUCCACGAAGUCUUUCGGCUUCGUGCGUCCCGAGAAACCCCUCCGACGCCACGAGACGUUCAUCGACCGCAGCAACAACGAGCGCGAGUCUCGAGAGGGCCGCCGGCGAGGAAUCAAGCGCAGUGAAAGCUUCCAGAUGGGGAAACAAAGUCAGACUACUCAACAGCCAUCGCUUCCUUACUCACCUCGACGCCGGGGCUCCAUGGACCUCCUGGUGCCGCUGGAGGAGAAGGAGGUGCACAUAAGUGGGCGCACCUUCACAAAGUACACGCCUCACGAGGUUGAGCGCCGAAACCGUGUGAAUGAACUCAUUACGGCCGAGAUGAACCGACGUAAGAACCGCAGCAUGGAAGACCGCCUUGACCAGUGGUUUGAGAGCCAGGGCGAGAACGAGUGGACGCUCAGGUGGAAGUACCCCGAAAUUCAUCUCGAAAAGGAAGAAAAGUACGCCCGUCAAAAGAGCAACAACAGUAGGCGACAAGAGAGUCGAUCUCCCACCCGUUAUGAGGACAAGAGACCGUCUAAAUCGAAGAGCUCAGAGAACAGACCUCCCGCAAAACAAUAUGAUAACAAAGGCCAACCUCCGAUGUUCGUAAAUGACCUCCCAGGACCUCCGCCGAAGCCAUCUCGGUCCGGGAAGGCGCCCAAAUUCUCCAACACCGAAAUCAGUGCCUUUAAUGGCUUCAAAAACCCCAACGGAUUCAGGGAGAGUGACUACGGCCCCAACUUCAUGCUGAAUAAGCCCUCGCCGCGACUCGCAGAUUUCUCCGAUUUCAAUGACUACGGCGGGCGGGACUACCCUCCCCCGCGGGCACGAAACCUCCGAGAUAGCUGGGUACCCAAUGGGCGGGAGAAGGGCAUGGGCGGCCGGCGUAAGGGCGAGAUUGACCCUGACAUUCCCUCCCCCGAUUAUUCGGCGACGCCCGCAAGCACCAUGUCCACCAUAAUGAAUGGAUCGUCACCCUCUAAGCACAUACUAGAUAUGCCUUCUGGUCUUUAUUAAGAAACUCCUCUUGAAUCUUAUUCAUUAUUAUUUUCGAAACGUGACAACUUUUGAAAACUAGUUCGUGGUGAUGUCAGUGAACACAAUGUGAUUCAGUAUGGAAGUAUGAAUAAGACGAUAGAAAAUGCCUUGUACAGCUUUAUUUUACCAACUACAUCGGUUGAGAGAAUCUGUGCACGUCACGUGCUGUCUUCCUAUCUUCAUUUUUUGAUAACUGGGCAGUAUGAGUAUUCUUUAUAUAGUACCGCAUGUUAUAUAAACUACAUAAUAGCUUUUUCACAGUUUCUUAAAAGAAAAUAAAUGUGCAAUACUCAAAGAUACUUUGUAAAUAUGUGUAAAUAUGAUUUCUUAUAUAUAAUUAUAUAUAAACUUUGAUUGUUAUGUAAACUUUACGAGUUUAUAAAAAGAUCAGCAUACUGACGACUUGUAUUAUGUUAUUUA